CAUCCACUCACAGGAAACAUUCUGAGUCAGUUGUCACUGAAGAGACGACAGAGAGAGACUCCUCACUGGGACCAGCUGCUGUCACGGGUGACCGCGUCGCCGAGUGAGUGGGCGGGCCAGGCUGAUUGGAGCCGUGGGUCGGGUGCGAGGACUGUGAUGGAGGAAUGCGGUCUCCUCUCGUGGCAGCUACUGCCAGCGAGUGUGGGUCGCUCUGGCACACGAGUAGUCGGAGAUUGGGUUCUGGCUCAGCGUUUCUCUGUCAUCUCGUUCUCCGUCUCUCCUCCUCCGCUCCUCCUCGUCCCCCCUCGCCGCCUCCGUCCCCCGUCUCCUUGCACGAGCUGUCCGUCCACACUCCCCUCUCCACUCCCACACUCUCCACUGCCCCACCCUCUCUCCCGUCCCUCUACUGCGAGUCUGCUGGUGGGAACAAGAUGGAGGCUGUGUUGGCGAAGGCUGUGUCUGUCCUCUGUGCUGCCAUUGACCGGUAUGCAGAGGAUGUUGGUGUCAUCCAUGGCAACAGGGGAGGAGGAAGCCCCGCCCACCUCGUUUCCCGAGGCGGAGACUCUGCAACUCUUGUCGUCUCUGGUCUCGUGGGAGGAAGACAAAGCCCGUAGUGUGAGAGUCAAGAAAUCGUGUGCGGAGGCCUAUGUCUCCCUCAUCCGCUUCCUCCCCUCCCUCUCUCCCGGGAUCCUCUCUCUCCUCACGAGUGACCUCUCCGACCCCUGCACCCUCCUCCGACAGACCACGCUGCGCUCACUCACCAAGGUUGACUCCGCCCACUUCUCCCGGCAUCUUCCCCUGCAGAUGGCUCUGCUGGUGGCGAGGCACGACUCGGAAGAAGGGAAUCGAACUCUGGCAGAAAGUCUGUGGAAGACCACUGGCUACUCACUGAGGAAGGAGCUGGGACCUCUCCUCCUGGCCCAGGUCCCCUCAGCCCCUCUCUCCAUGCAACCAGCUACUGCUCAGGCCCUGGGUCUCUGGCUUCAGUCCCAUCCCCAACAAGCGCCCAAACUGCAAGGAGACCUGUUAACUGUCUACGAGGAGAAGAGAGCUCCCCCACCUCCCAAAGAAGACAGCUUCGGAAGAACCGUCCUCGUCCAAAUCAGUGAUCCGUGGGUGUGUCGAGUGGGUGUGGCCAGGGCCCUGGAGCAGCUGCCGUCUCACAUGACUCCUCAAGAAACCAUGACACUCCUGGAAUUCACCAUUCCAGGAGCUCUUUCAGACCCAAACCCCAACGUCCUCGCUGCCUUCAUGUCUGCCGCCAAGACAGCCAUCGGUUGCCACGGUGACGACCUUGCGGACCAGCUGAUGGACCACUGCGAGGGGUGUCUCCAGUCCGCGGGGGACACGCGGGAAUCCGACGUCAUACGACAGUCUGUUGUGGUACUGAUGGGCACUCUGGCCCGGCAUCUUGACAAAGGCAAUCCCAAGGUAAAAGCUGUGGUGAACCUUCUUCUCUCCAAUCUGGACACUCCGUCUCAGUCGGUCCAGGAGGCCAUCGCCGGCUGUCUCCCUCCCCUGGCACAUGUCGUGAAACCCGAAGCGGAGAAAAUCCUCACGAAACUCCUGGAGAAGUUGCUCGAGUCGACAAGCUACAGCCAGCGGCGCGGCGCGGCUUACGGGCUCGCCGGGCUGGUGAAGGGACUGGGGAUACCUUCCUUGAAGCAGCACCGAGUGAUGCCCGCACUGCAAGAGGCGAUAAAGAAUAAGAAGAACUAUAGGCAUCGCGAGGGGGCGCUCUUUGCAUUCGAGUGUCUCUGCGACAUGCUGGGGAGGCUGUUCGAGCCGUACGUCGUUCAUCUUCUUCCCGACCUCCUCCUCUGUUUCGGAGACGGGAACCAGUACGUUCGCGAGGCGACCGACCGCACGGCGCGCACUGUCAUGGGCCAGCUCAGUAGCCACGGGGUUAAACUCAUCCUCCCCUCCCUCCUCACCGCUCUGGAGGAAGAUUCAUGGCGGACGAAAGCCGGGAGUGCGGAACUGCUCGGCGCGAUGGCUUUCUGUGCUCCGAAGCAGCUGUCCUCCUGCCUCCCCAGUAUCGUCCCGCGUCUCAUGGACGUUCUGGCAGACUCCCACUCCAAAGUCCAGAACGCCGGCAACACGGCUCUCAGACAGAUCGGCUCCGUGAUAAAGAACCCCGAGAUACAAGUCCUGGUGCCGAUACUCUUGGAGUCACUGACGGACCCGUCCAGCAAGGCCCACGUGUGUCUCCAGUCACUUCUGGAGACGGAGUUCGUCCACGUCAUCGACCCUCCCUCCCUCGCACUCAUAAUGCCGACUCUCAAGAAAACACUGGAUCUUCGGUCGACCGAGUCCAAGAAAAUGGCCGCUCAGAUCAUCGGGAACAUGUAUUCGCUCACGGACAAGAAGGACCUGGCGCCGUACCUGCCAGAGGUUCUCCCAGGACUCAAGUCCAGUUUGGUUGAUCCUGUCCCCGAGGUUCGCCGUGUGUGUGCCAAGGCCCUGGGGGCAAUGGUUGAAGGGAUGGGAGAUGAAACAAUGGCUGAGCUGCUGCCGUGGUUACUCCAGACCCUAAAGAGCGAGUCGAGCGCCGUGGACCGUUCCGGAGCGGCGCAGGGACUGAGCGAGGUUCUCCUAGCGCAGGGCUACGACCGACUCGCCCAGCUAAUGCCUCGCUUCAUCGAAUCAUCGCAGAAUCCUGAUAAUCCAACUCACGUUCGCGACGGCUACCUCAUGCUGUUUGUCUACCUGCCCAUCGCGUUCGGCGACGAAUUCACUCCUUUUCUUGCUGAUCUCCUGCCCUGCAUCCUCAAAGGACUGGCCGAUGAAUCAGAGUUCAUCCGAGACACGUCACUCCAGGCUGGUCAGACUCUAGUCAACAGAUUUGGAGACACGGCCGUUGAACUGUUCCUGCCAGAGCUGGAGAGAGGACUCUUUGACGACAGCUGGAGGAUCCGCUGUUCCAGUAUUCAGUUGCUGGGAGACCUCCUGUACAAGGUGUCAGGUCUCUCGGGGAAGAUGAGCACCGAGAGCGAAGAGGACGACAACUUCGGGACAGAGGAGGCUCGCACGGCCAUCAUUCGUUGUUUCGGAGAGGAACGCAGGAACAGGGUCCUCGCUGGGCUCUAUAUGGGGAGGUCAGACGUGGCACUAAUGGUGCGUCAGGCAGCGCUCCACGUAUGGAAGGUGGUCGUGACCCACACCGUUCGGACACUUAGAGAGAUCCUCCCAACCCUCGUCUCUCUCCUCCUCUCCUUCCUUGGCAGCGAUUCUUCCGACAAGAGCAAGGUGGCCGCCCGCACCCUCGGGGACCUCGUUAGGAAGCUCGGCGAGAGGGUUCUCCCCGAGGUCAUCCCAAUGUUGGAGCGAGGACUCACCUCCACUGAUAGCAAGGAGCGUCAGGGGGUGUGUAUAGGUCUCUCGGAGAUUAUCCAGCAGACAUCUCGGGAUCACGUCCUCCUCUACAUGGACUCCCUCCUCCCGACCGUCCGAAACUCUCUCUGCGACGUGGAGGAGGAGGUUCGAGCAGCUGCUGCUCAGACCUUCAACAGUCUACACAGCACCAUCGGUCCACGUAUAUUGGACGAGGUGUUAACUCCAUUGCUAAAUGAUCUGUCAUCGUCAUCACAACGAAGUGAAGUGGCACUUGAUGGGCUGAAACAGGUAAUGGCGGUGAAAAGCAGGGUGGUUCUGCCACAUAUCAUCCCGCAGUUAGUGAAACCACCCGUCAACGCGAGAGCCCUGGCUCUACUUUCAUCUGUAGCAGGUGAAUCCCUGCACAGUCACCUGCAUAGGAUCAUACCGGCUCUGAUCAGCUCUCUGGUGAAGGAAGUGGACCAGGGAACUUGGGAGGCUGCCGAGGGAGUUGUGCUUAGUGUUCAGAGUGAGCCCGGAGUGGCCACUCUAAUUGAAGAGCUGGUGAAGGCGGCAAAGAAGGAGACGCCGCAGACCAGAGCAGCUGCAAUGGGUCUCUUGCAGGUCAUGUGUAGUCGGAGUUCUGCCGACGUCACGGAGCACGUUCCUCACCUCAUCAUCUUCGUGACGGAGUCCCUGAAUGACCCCAGUGACCCUGUCUGUGAGAAGGCGUGGCUUUCUCUCGAGGCACUUGUUAAGCGCGUGGAUCAAAAGGAGCUGCCCCACUACAUCGGCUACCUCAGGAAGGCUCUGAAGACUGUCUCCAACCUGCUCAUUGGCAACGAGCUGCGCGGAUUCUCUCUCAAGGGCAUCACUCCCUGUCUCACGAUGCUCAAAGAGGGCCUCAUAACCGGCUCCCCCGACGAGAAAGAAGAAGCAGCCCGGGUCCUCAUCGAGGUAAUCCAUCUCUCGUCGACCAAGACCCUCUCCACUGGCAAGGUGGUCAUGCUGAUAGCUGGACCUCUCAUACGUGUCCUAGGCGACCGUUACGGCUGGAACAUCAAGGUUGCCACGCUGGAGGCUCUGGUUGAGCUAGUCAGGAAGGUUGGGGCAGCUGCAAAGUCAUUUCUGCCACAGCUCCAGACUUCGUACCUGAAGGCGCUGGGUGACGUAAAUCGUCCCGUUCGUGUCCAGGCAGUAACCGGUCUGACCGAGCUUCUUCCUCUCGCCGUUCGAGUCGACCCUGUGUUCAACGACCUCCACAAUGGAAUAAAGAAAAACGACGACCCUGCUCUGAGACUGACGGUGCUCCAGGCUCUGCACGGAGCGGUGGGGGCGGCUGGAGGGAGAAUGAGUGAGAAACACAAGACUGAGAUACUGGCCACUCUGCUCACUCUCUACUCCACCGCACAGGAGAGCAACAGACUGCAGGCGGCCCAGUGUACCGGCGUCCUCUGUUGCCAUCUCUCUGACGACCAACUCACCUCCGUUCUCCGUGACACACUCCUUCAGGCAGACGGAGAAUCUGAUUGGUCGCUGCUCCAGGCGAGGGCGACGGCGCUCUCGGCGGCAGUGGAGGCGGCAGCUGCUCGUAUCGAGGCAGUCAAGAUGGAGAGAGAUGUGGUCAACGCAGCUGUCAAGUUUGCAUCUUCAGACAGAGUAAGUAUUCCUUUAACCAGGACUUUGUUUUUGUUUGUUCUUUCUUCUUGUAGUACUUUGAGAGAGGAAAAUGUCGAUUUGAAUUUUUAAAUUUUCACCUUUUGAAGGGGCUGCUUGUCAAUAGUAUAAAAACCAGCUCACCCAAAGCUAACAUGCAGAAAUUUUCCUAUCUGAAGCUCUUUUGCUAUGAUCCACACACCGCCUUCUUUACUGUUGUUACGUUACAUUGUUGUUUAGAUCCCUGUGUGUGUGAGUGGACUGCAGGCAGUAGGCAGCUGCAUCAAUCACUUGGCUGCUGACCCGGCAGUUGUUCUUCCCGCCUUUACCCAGGGGCUAACCCACUCCUCCACAGACAUUCGCAUCGCCGCCUGUGAUGUGUGCAGCAGUCUAAAGGUGACCCCUGACCCCCUCCUCUCUGCCAUUCUCCCCCUGUUGCUGGGCAACACCCAAGAGAAAAACACAGCUGUCAGGGCUUCAGCUGAAUCGUCCAUCUUUGAACUGGUGGGAGACGAGGCAGGACUAGCACAUUGCACGACGCUGGUGGGUGGACAAGCAGCCAAAACUCUAGAGACGGUCUUAAGUAAAGUGAAAGCAAAACUAGCCAAGGAAAAUUAACUGUAGUUAUUGUCACUGUUGAAAAAUGCAAAAAAAACUGUUGUGUAAUAGCAAUGAUGUGAUAAUGACUCUGUGUUAAUAAUGUCAAUAAUCGAAAGGUGGACGAUAGCGUGACAAAGCUCUGUAGCGAUGCCGUUGGUCACUGUAAUGGCCGUAGGGGUGGGCCGGGGGAAGGACACCGAAGGGGUAGGAAUGGUGAGGCGGGGAGUAGGGCCCGUGGGGUGGUGGGGUGUGUGGCAGAGUGUAGUGAGGGGGCGGAGUCAUGGGGUGGGCGGAGAAGGGGAAGACGUCCGGUGGAGUUCCACUUGGGUGGCGCGGAAGUAAAAAUGUAAUGUCAGCGACCACAAGAUGGUCUGGGUUAUACGAGAGCGGUAAACAUAGCGGCCUGCUGGGGUAAGGGUAGACCCCUGGUACGCUGUGGUGGUACGGUCGCGGUGCCCUCCCCAAAAUCCCCGGUCCCCCUCCCCUCCCUACCACCGGCGAGUGAC